AGCAUCAGCAUACACACAACUACACACUUCCUACCUGGAGGACAGAGAGGAUGGACGCUGCAUACAAGAGGGUUAAUGGAAACUACAGUCCAGAGGCAGAAACAGGGGACCAAGUCCCAGGGCAGAAGAGAAGGGGCUCCAUGUACCUGGAGGAGGAGACCAACAAUAAGUCAGAGGUGAUCUCCUGCAUCUUCUCCUUAAAAGAAGAGGUCGGAGCUUUAGCCAAAGCCCUGAGGCUCUUUGAGGAGAAAGGCAUUAACCUGACACACAUCGAGUCCCGUCCAUCGCGCAUGAACAAUGAGCAGUAUGAGUUCUUCAUCAGCGUAGACUCCACCUGCUCUCAGGCCCUGGAUGAGGUCAUUGACUGCCUGCGCACACAAAUCAGCGGCCAUGUGCACGAGCUAACACGCAGCAAAGAGAAGGACACAGUGCCAUGGUUCCCCAAUGACAUCCAGGACUUGGACCGUUUUGCCAACCAGAUCCUCAGUUAUGGUUCCGAGCUGGACGCUGAUCACCCGGGCUUCACAGAUCCAGUAUACAGAGCCCGCAGGAAGGAGUUUGCAGACAUUGCCUACAACUACAGACAUGGCCAGUCCAUUCCCAGGGUGGAGUACACAGAGGAGGAGAAGGCCACCUGGGGCACGGUGUUCAGGGAGCUGAAGACUCUGUACCCGACUCACGCCUGCCGUGAACACAACCGCGUCUUCCCCCUGCUGGAGAAAUACUGCGGCUACAGGCCAGACAACAUCCCACAGCUCGAGGACGUCUCCCGCUUCCUGCAGUCAUGCACAGGUUUCCGGCUUCGCCCCGUAGCCGGCCUGCUCUCGUCCCGUGACUUCCUGGCUGGACUCGCGUUCCGCGUCUUCCAUUCCACGCAGUACAUUCGCCACGGCUCCAAGCCCACGUACACACCUGAGCCGGAUAUCUGCCACGAGCUCCUGGGACACGUUCCUCUGUUUGCUGAUCCAAGCUUUGCGCAGUUCUCACAGGAAAUUGGCCUUGCAUCUCUUGGAGCCCCGGAUGAGUACAUUGAGAAACUUGCUACCGUGUACUGGUUCACCGUGGAGUUUGGCCUCUGUAAGCAGGGCUCUGAGAUCAAAGCUUAUGGAGCCGGCUUGCUGUCUUCAUUUGGAGAGCUGGGGUACUCUCUAACAGAAAAGCCCAAACUUCUGCCUUUCGACCCCGAGAAGACGGUCGUCCAGAAGUACCCUAUCACAGAGUACCAGCCGGUUUACUUUGUGGCAGAGAGCUUUGAAGAUGCCAAAGAGAAAGUCAGGAAAUUUGCAGGCACGAUCCCCAAGCCUUUCUCAGUGCGCUACAACCCCUACACCCAGAGCAUCGAAGUGCUGGACAACACCCAGCAGCUCAGGAACCUGGCAGACAGCAUCAACAGUGAGAUGGGGAAAUUGUGCGAAGCCCUGCGGAAGCUGGAAUAACAGGACAGGAGAUCAGACUUGGAGAACCCUCCUGAGAAUUUCUUCUUGGCUUCUUUAAACGUCAUGCUUAGAGAUUCAACUUCUUUGUAUUAAAACACAUACACAAGUCAGAUAGUGACUAUAUUCUUAGAAUUCAGGUAGUAGGAAACCUGAAAUCCUGUUACUU